AUGCUUGACAAUCAACUAAACACUAUAUCGCCGUCAUCUGUUGUUGAUUCGUUGGAUGCAUUAUUUAAUUAUAUUGAUGCUGAACCUAAGUAUUCCUCUUCUAUCAAUGAUUUGAUGAAUGACUGUUAUGAAUUGAAUGAUUAUUUUAAUAACACCUCUAAUGAACAACAUACAAUUUCUUAUCAACCAAUUACUAAUGAUCAAAUGCAAACGAAAAGUUCAUUUUCGAAUUUUCGUUCUAUCGAUAAUUGUGAAAAAUAUUCAACAAGAUCAUUAAGAAAUAGUGAUGAAAUUCCUUUUAAUCCAAUGGAAUGGCAUGUCACAGAUAAAUUCACAAGAAAACUACGAUCUCCAAAAUUAGAUGAAUUUCUUUAUUUGUUACUCAAUAAUUUACGUUAUGUAUCCUAUUCAUCUUGGUUAAAUAAAGCCAAAGGUUUAUUUCAAAUUCAUAAACCCGCGAAAGUUAUUGAACUUUGGAUAAAAGUUAAACAUCGGAAAACAAAAUCUAAUUUGAAUUAUGAGAAAUUUUCACGAAGUAUUCGAUAUUAUUACAAUAAAGGGACUAUGAUUGCAACAUAUAAAAAACAUACUUAUUGUUUUGCUGUUAAUAAAUAA